AUGGUUUCUGCUGCCCUGGUCGACGGCUAUGCGCUUGCUAUGGGGGAAGACUUUGUUCGCAACCAGGCCUCUUCCCUCGUUCAGCGGUAUGAAGGAGGAACCCGGCCGUCUCGUGCAUCUUCCUACAUCUCCACUACAUAUCACACAGAGACGGAAUCAUAUGCUACGUCCGACUCUGACUCGGAUUCUGACUCGAAUUCUGGAUCAGAAUCCGAACGAGAUACACGACUCCGAUCUCAAGCUCGACCUCAAGCUCGACCUCAACAUCAACCAUACCAUAUUGGUGUCUUGGGAGCAGCUUCAAGGUCUACAUCGAGAGCACAAUCGAGCGUCGCUGGUCAGGAGUACGAGUCGGGUACAAACUCUGAUUCGGCUUCUGACUCGGACGAAGGGGAAACGGUGCAGCGUGCAUGGGAAACAGACGGUCACUGUGCCUGGGAAUCGUCCUCUUCUAAAUUAAGCACGAUAUACAUGGACGAUGAGCCGUAUGUUCCUGAGGAGCCCUGCCCUCGCGCAUCUUCGCACAACACAUACUCAACGUCUUCUGGCUACAGUCCUCGUAUCGGCCCCUUUCGAGCUGCUGCAAAUCUGCAUACAUACUACGAGGAAAAGGAGGCUGAUACGGAUACUGCUGCAGAAGACGGCGACGACGACGACGAGUUUAUUCCAGGUCGCCGUCCGACGGGAAGACAUCGCUAUCGACCUUAUGCUCGCACCUCCCCGCCCGCACGCUCUCGGCGCACGUCUCGCAGCUCCCGCUUCUCUUCUGGUUCUACAUCCACGUCUUCUAUCGCAACCGUCUCUGCUUCCGGGCCUCUCUCCCCAUCCCCUUCAUUAUCCUCCGCUUCACCCAGCGCACAUCCGACCUCCGAUAUAAUUCGCGUCCCGCGCGCACGCAAUACCCAGACACAACUUGAGGAGGGCGACUUCGCCUGGGCACUUGCACAGCUCGUUGCAAGCGGGACGAGCGCGUGCCCUGUCCCAGGAUGCGCAUAUGUGCAGCGAAGACGACGCUUGCCGGACUUGCGGCGGCAUAUGGAGACGCACCGCGCGGGAACAAGCUAUGCGCGUUGGGUCUGCUGCGGCGUUUCCCUCGCAGAGGCGGAUCGGUACGGAUUGCGCAUUGACAAUUACACAUCGAGAAGCAUGUUUCGUGGCGAGAUGAGGGUUGGAGGUUGCAUGCGUGGUUUCAGUCGUCGAGACGCACUUGUCAGACACUUGAAGAAUGGCAGGAUUGAUUGUAUUGCUGAAGAUGAGUUACAUUGCUUGACGAAGGAAGAAUAG